UUGUACUCUUUCCACCUCUGCCAGCUCAUCAAGGUCUUCAAGACUGCUAUAAAGCUACAGGUAAUUUUUCUCGGGGUUAAAUCUUGAAUCUGCAGGACAGUGCAUCUCCCCGUCAGAGGAGGCGCUGGUGCAGGUGGCUUGUAUCUCCGGCAGGUGUCGCUGUUUCCUCGCUCUCGCUCUCUCUGCACUGUUCACCUCACUCUCAUUCACCACAGCCUCACACUUGGAAAAACUAUUUCGCAGUAAAGUUUUCAGAUAUUAUUAGGGUUCCCACGGUCAUGGAAAUGUGAGGGACUUUAAAAAAGCAGCGGCUGCUAAGCAGCUUGGAUUCGGAGGAAAGAGGGCGGGGCUCGCGCGAGCCACACACGUGGUGCUCGGCGCGCGCACAGCAGGCACAUGUGCCCGCGCCUCGAUUGGCUCCGUGCGCGCACAGCUGAGUGGCGCGCUGGUGAUGAAGCGCUGUCUUCACAUGCUCCACCGAGAAGAUGCGAGGAAUUAAUCAUGCCGUUUUUCACACACCGAGCGACUUAGUUACACUCUGAGGAAAGAUUUCUUGGUUUUAUAAGUUUGUGGGUCGCAUCAGGCUUUUUUCACUAAGAUGACAAAAUGACAAAAAAAGUAACUUUUGUCUUCACUAAUAUGGAAAAAAAUGAAGUGUCAUCAACCAAAAACAUAAUUUCAGUUGUGAGAGGACGAGAUUGGUAUUCUCAGCAAUGAGGUGUGACAAUUCGACCAAUGGGACAGAUAUGCCGUACACCCUGCUGGUGGCCCUUCCUAUGAGCGUCCUGGUGGGGCUCCUCAUCCUCCUCAUUGUCUUCGGGAAUGUGCUGGUGAUCAUCGCCGUGUUCACGAGCCGAGCUCUCCGAGCUCCGCAGAACCUGUUCUUGGUGUCGCUGGCCUCUGCUGAUAUAUUGGUGGCCACUCUGGUGAUGCCGUUCUCGUUGGCGAAUGAGCUGAUGGGAUGCUGGGCCUUCGGACAGGUUUGGUGUGAAAUCUACCUGGCUUUGGACGUUCUCUUCUGCACGGCCUCCAUCACUCACCUGUGCGCCAUCAGUCUGGACAGGUACUGGUCGAUCACGCAAGCCAUCGAGUACAACCUCAAGCGCACACCGCAACGAAUCAAGCGCAUUGUGUUUAUAGUUUGGAUCAUCGCCGCCGUGAUCUCCUUCCCGCCUCUUAUAACCAUGAAGAAGGAAGAGGGGAACACCUGCAAAAUCAAUGAAGAAAAAUGGUACAUCGUUUCCUCUUCCAUCGGCUCGUUUUUCUUGCCUUGCAUCAUCAUGGUCCUCGUGUACAUCCGAAUCUACCAGAUCGCCAAGAAGAGGACCAGAGCUCCCCCUGGGGACCGGAGGAAAAAGGAAGCGGGCAAGAAGGAGAACGAUCCCCAUGAGAAGCUCAACGGGAAUCCCAACCCUAAACCGGACAACAAGGGUGAGAUAAACGGCGUGGACAUGGAGGAAUCGUCCUCCUCGGACCACAAGGUCUCCAACCCUUGCUCCCUCAAGAAGAAGAGCUCAAAAGGAAAGACCAAGCUGAGCCAAAUCAAACCAGGGGACGGCGACAGGAGCGAGGUCCUUCAGACCAACAAGACCAGCAGGUGGAAGGGCCGUCAAAACCGGGAAAAGCGCUUCACGUUCGUCUUGGCGGUGGUCAUAGGCGUGUUCGUCAUCUGCUGGUUCCCGUUUUUCUUCACCUACACGUUGACGGCAUUCUGCAAAAGCUGUGUGCCGGAAACUCUCUUCAAGUUCUUCUUCUGGUUCGGCUACUGCAACAGCUCCCUCAAUCCCAUUAUAUACACCAUCUUCAAUAAUGACUUCCGAAGAUCCUUCAAGAAGAUCCUCUGCCGGAGAGAUAACAGGAGAGUGGUGUGAAUGGGUUACUGUUUUUUUUUUUUUUUUUUUUGGUCUCCUUUAGCCAGUGUAAUAUAUCACCUGGCGUUUAUGGGAAGUACUUGUGUACAGUAAGCCAGCGUGUUGUGUGUCAUCAUACAACAAGUCUGAAGAGGAGAAAACAGACUCUUACAUGCUUUGUACAAAUGCGACAAUGCAUGAUUAUGCAAUUACAGCACAGUGCACAUUCGUCCGUUUCUGAAGUGUAUUGUUGUGUCGUUCUUGAUAUACAGUGAGUGGUGUAGUUUCGUAAUUCUGGUAUUUUGUCAUCCGCCAACGUGGGGGGACAUAUUCAAACACAAUGCAUCACAAACCAUGCUGGAUGCUGAUUAAAAUGUGAAGAAACAUUUUUUUUAAAUGCCAAAAAGGACUACAAACUUGGCCUUCAAGCUUCAUAAUGUGCUGCAAAACUGUCAAACUACGCUGCAAUGUGCAUGUCGAUGUGUUUAUUUUCCCUGACUUGUAUAAUUAAUUGUGAAGGUGUUGAUAGUGUUUGGUGGAUUAAUUGUAUUUUUUUAUCCUUGCCGGUAACAGUUCAUUUAAAAUCUUGCUGUGGACCAUUAAGCAAAACGAUGUUGAGCUCGUCUGACUGGAACCUGACAGGCCGGUGUCACAACAAAUUUCUCCGGCUUCUGAUGUGCUUUAUAUCUGUCAACAUAGAUAUAAUGGAGGGAUCUUUAGUAGCACAACACAAGGGAUAGUGUCAGUCUGCGACUAAUAAACCGUGUCAAACAGGCUGCUGGUUUAGCUGGCGAAUUUGUAGAAAUGCACAACAAAAGAGAGUGGAAUAUUCAGCAAGAUAUCGAAUGACUGACAACAGAGUUUCUCCAGGUCAAGGUGAGGUCAGGCCUCUCGCUGUGCUGUUUUUUUUUCACCUCGGGAUGCGUGGAGUGACCCGAGAUCCAGCUGUAGAGAGAUGGAGUGGGUGUCCAGUCCAAUUGCUAAAAUGGAUGAAAACAAAGGUCUUGAAUGACAUCUACAAACUACCUGUCACUGUGCAUUACUGCCAUAUCUGAAAAACCUAUGUAUGGCUCACUUCGAUAUAUUGGUUUUCCGUUUGUGCUUUCAAUGUGUUUAACCACUGAGGUCUGAAAAAAAAUUGUUAGCACAUACAAAGAGAAAAAUCACUCAAAAAAAUAAAAAGUGCAGAGCCUUUUUUU